AUGUCUGCUCAAACUCCUACUCGUCACAACGGCACAAACGGCGCUGCAGCCUCCACCAAGGGACAGCUCGAUGCAUCCAAGCUCAACUUUGACCUGACAACAGCACUGAAAGAUAUCCCCAAACCUGGAUCCGUUGAGCUGUGGGAACAAAAUGUCGCGACAGAUCACAUGGUAACCUGUCGCUGGACAGUACAGAACGGCUGGGAUGACCCGGUUAUCAAGCCAUUCGGCGACUUGACUAUUUCGCCUCUUGCAUCCUGUCUUCACUAUGCCACGCAGUGUUUUGAGGGCAUGAAAGUAUACCGUGGUUAUGAUAAUCGCGUUAGACUCUUUAGACCAGAUCGAAAUGCCAGACGUUUGGUUAUGAGCGCAGAGAGAGUUUCACUGCCAAGUUUUGAUCCCGAGCAGCUUGUUGAGUUGAUCAAAGCUUUAGUUCGUGUCGAUGGGAGAAGAUGGCUGUCAGAACCCGGCAGCUUUCGGUACAUCAGACCAGCAUUAAUCGGAACCGGCCGCCAACUUGGUAUACAGAUCCCCAAAGAAGCCAUCUUGAUGGUCACAAUGGUUUGCUGGCCCGACUUCUCCACCGAAGUUCCUCCUGGUGUAAACCCACGAUCUGAUCUACGCCUUAUCACGUCAAGGAAUGACACGAUCAGAGCGUGGCCCGGCGGGUUUGGCUACGCCAAGGUCGGUGCGAAUUACGGCCCUAGCUUCGCGUCUCAUUGCGAGGCGCAACAAGCUGGCUACGAUCAAGUCUUGUGGCUGCUCGGAGAUGAAGGCCUAGUCACCGAAGCUGGGGCUAGUAAUUUCUUCGCAGUCGUCCGAGACGAAAAAACAUCCAAGCCGGUUCUACUAACGGCUCCAUUGACGGAUCGAGUCAUUCUAGAUGGUGUCACUAGAAGGUCUGUUCUGGACUUGGUUCAAAAUCGACUUUCCGAGGAGCUCGAGGUCAGAGAAGCGAAAUUUACUAUAAAGGACGUUGAAGCGGCUUGGAGAAAGGGUCUGCUUCAAGAGGCAUUCGUGUCUGGUACUGCUUUUUUCAUCAAAAACGUUUCAACCAUUCGGGUUGGUGAUUUUAACAUCGACUUGCCGCAGAAGCAAGAUGAUGGCAGUGGAUUUGGCCCGCGGAUCAAGAGUUGGCUAAAGGAUAUUAUGUUCGGAGGCGAAGAUCAUGAAUGGGGUGUUAUUGUUGAAUAA